AUGAUAACACUUGCUAGAAGACUGAAUUAUAACAGGUUUGAGGAUCUCACCAUUGAAACAGAAAUGGCUAGCAAAAAUCCUAUCCCCCUCAGGUGUGGCAUUCAUAACGAUCCGGAUGGAAAAAUUUUCACAGUUUGGCCAUGCAAAGAAGAUAAGGUUUAUGUGAUCAAGUUUGCUAUUGGGUCUCUAUUGGCGAAUCUAGAUUACCAAAUUCUCUCCCUCAAUUUUGAACUCUAUGUGAAUGAUCCCAAGAAUAAAGAUCCUAUGAAGACAUCAGAUGAAGUUUCUAAAUAUUUCAAUAGAACCUCAGAUCCAGAUCAAAUUCAUAUUCUCAUAAAACCUGGGAAUUAG